CUUUCCGGUAUAUCACCAUUCCUUGGUGAUAAUGAUACAGAAACAGUACGAAAUGUAAUCCUAGGAAAUUAUACUCUUGACUGCGAUGAAUUUGCCGGUGUUUCAAACGAAGCCAAGGAUUUCGUCUCCAAAUUGCUAGUUCUUGAGCCAAGUGGUCGUCUAACUGUUGACGAAGCGCUACAACAUCCAUGGUUAUCGAAGAAAUCCCUUGAAAAUGCUCCACUAACAUCAGCUUGUUUGCGAGAAUUUAAAUAUAGGCACAAAUGGCUGGUAGGUUUGGGAUUUCUAUUUUUGUCUUAUAAUUUUUAUUCUGAACAAGUGGGAAAAACUGACUUUUCCAAUAAAAAAAGGCGACUUGUGCGUCGUGUUUUUGUGAUUUUUCAUGAUUCUUCUGUUUUUUAA